AUGAUGCAUGAAUUGGAAACAAAGACAAACAACUCUUGCUUAACACUAUCAAAAACUAUUAAUGAAGCUGAUGAUGAUUUUUUACGACGACAACAAAUGGGACCAGAUUCACUUCAUCCUUCAAAUACUUUGUCAAAAGUUAGGAAUGAAAGAAUGAAAAAUUGGCGAGCAAAAGAGGAAAGUGAAGAGGAUGAGGAGAAAGAGACAUAUGAAAAUAUCUCAUCAAUUGAGGAAAUUACUAUUAAUGAUUUGGUGAAUGAAUGGAUUGAUUGUAUGCUCAACAAAGGUAUAAAAGGUUUAAACGAUGAAUUCAUCAAAUUAUGCACCAAAACGAAACCAUCACCGAAUAAUUAUACCAUUUUUACGGCUAAUCAAAAUUCCGGUCGAAAUCGUUAUCAGAAUGUAGUUUGUUUGAAUAAUACACGCGUUAAACUUCACAAUCAUCCAAGUGGUAAUGAUUAUAUUCAUGCCAAUUAUGUCAGUACACCUUUUUCGGAACGUCGUUUCAUCUGUACUCAGGCUCCUUUAGAUUAUACCAUUUAUGAUUUUUGGUUUAUGAUAAUACAAAACAAAGUGAAAUAUAUUGUUAUGUUGACAAAUUUUAUUGAAAAUGGUUACAUGAAAUCAACGCCAUAUUUUCCAUCUGAUGCUAAUAGAACUGAGAAUUACAACGGUGUCAUAGUGAAAUGUCUUACAUGUGAACGUCGUACAGAUUUUGAAUGUGAAGUGUGGGAGCGAUCGUUGUUUAUUGAAUUGCCAGGUAUGAAAUCAACGGUGGUGACACAUUUCCAUUGGACUGAUUGGCCUGAUCAUGGCUUACCUAAUAGUUACUCGUGUCCAUUACAGCUUCUUGAAGUGGUACGAAUGUCUGCAACACCAAUAGUAUUACACUGUUCUGCUGGUAUUGGACGUACCGGUUGCCUAGUACUCAUGGAAUCGGUUCUCGAGAAAUUAGUAUACAAGCAAAUUUGCUCUGAUAUGGGUUUCCUGCUCACUCAGUUACGAAGACAGCGUGCUAAUUUGGUUCAGAAUAAUAUUCAAUACCUUUAUGUGCAUCGCGUUUUGCUACAUUUUUUUAUAUUAACUCGACCUAUCAAGAAAAUGGAUGAAGUGAGCGAAUUUAUCACAGAAUAUAAUCACUUCGUAUUUGGUGGACGCCGUAGAAGAAAGAAAUUAUUGCAUCGUUCACAUAAAGUACUUUAA